AUGGUCUCGGGAUCUCCCUGUAUUUCUCACAAGAGCUCAUCUGCAGGCGGACGCACCCGUCCUCUCUCCGGUACAAACGACGGACCUGCAGAUAGUCAUUCCAGGGUCUUAGGCUGGACUGUAUCUACCGACACUGAGUUAAAAGUAGUCUACAAAGACGUUAUCGAUAACUACUUACAAAUAAUAUUCGCUUUCCCCUCGACCUUAGCUUGGAACUUGAGUAUAGCCAUGUCCGAAGUGCUGCCAUACAACGAGGGGAAGAUGAACGGAUACGGGGCGGACAGUGAUGUCAGUCAGCUCUCCUUCAGCUGUCGACUACAAGACACGAACUCGUUCUUCGGAACAUCACAGUCCAAAAGGCCACCGAAACUCGGACAGAUUGGCAGGGCAAAACACGUGGUCAUUGAAGAUGACCGAAUAGACGAAGUCCUGAAAGGGAUGACAGACAAAUCGUCUCCCGGCGUGUAAAAUUGAAUGAUUAUACCUCGUCAACCUUUUCUUUUAAUCACCGGUUUGAAGCACUUGUCGCCUGUGCAUGUGAACGAGAGGUGAAGAUGAUGAUUCAGUGUACGAGUACAGGACGAAGGAUGAAGAGCCACUCUGGACAAUGGGUUAAAAUAGUGAGAAAUGAAGAUGCUGGCAAUUCUCCAACUGAAACCCAUCCCAAACUGCUGCUGUGAAGAAAGCUGCCCAAGAUUUCUGGUCAUUUAGCCCCUCGUCUCGUAGACGCUGUGGUUCUGGGUGUGAGAUUUCAUCACGACAUCAACAAACAGAAGACCCCCACCCCCCUCCACGAUUCAUAGGCAUCUAUCACACUAUGAGCUACUCGUUCAAGGGAGCUGUCCAGUUCAGCACCUGAAGCACAACUUGACUGUCUUUCCAGAGAAAUAAGCUAUAUUUAUAUCUUGCAUGGAAAUGGGAUGAUGUAUGUAAUCGAGGGAAGAUUGAUUACAUGUUUUAUUCACUUCCUCCACAUCUACAUCCAUUCCAUUUUCAAUCCUUGACUGAUCAUGCCCAAAAUACAUUUUAUAGCCAACAAAGCCACUCAACGCCAGCAAGGAAGAUCUGAAGAAUCUGCAAUGGAGGGAAAAUGAGAAGGAGUACUUCUUGUUUGAUUUAUUGCGUCUUUUCUAUGACUGUUUAUUUGUUUGGCGUUGUGUAUAGAUUAAUAUAUACGGUUCUCUUUGCAUGAACUUUUCUCUUGUGCCAUUGCGGGUGUUUCCACCUCUUUUAAACCCAGGCACGCUUGUUUUUACCGAAAUCAAUAUUUGUAUUUUUUAUAUCUGAAUAUUUGUUACUCAGAACGAUAUUAAUAGACAGGGUAUGUGUAGAUACAGAGGCAUAAAACGUAAUCAAAAAGGACAGACUGAAUGUUAUUUUGGGGAAGGGUUUUCACACAUCAGCAUUAACAUGCUUUCCGUUGCAAUAAGUGAUCAUGCCUUUGUUGAUAACGAAAUGGUUAGGAAAUAUAAUUUCAGAGUAUGUUCAACAGCACACUCACUGUAAUUACAUCAGUGUUUUUUUUGUUUUGUUUGUUUGUUUGUUUGUUUUUUGAGCAUCUCAGUUGAUUAUUUAUUUGUUUGUUUUUGUAUUCUUUUGUGUAUGGUUUAUUGUGCAUGGAAUAUUUUUCAAGCUUAUAAACAAUUUAUGAAGCAAAAAAUGUGCACACAUGUCUCUACAUUCUACAAAUGAAUGAAUAAAUGAAUUCAGAUGAGUCAUUCA